GACCGACCGGCCGCCCGAGGCCCCGAGCCCAAAGCCUAACCAUAAACGCCCCUUAAUCCGAGAUCCGACGGCCCAGAUCUCUCCUCCCCCCUUCUCCCCGUCCGUUCCCCAUCUUCCCGCUCUCUCCCCAUGUCGCCGCCGGCGGCCGGCGCGGCCGCCACCUCCGGCGACGGGCCGCCGUCGUCUCCGCGCGAGCUCUACACCAUCCCAGCCUCAUCCGGUUGGUUCCGGUGGGACGGGAUCCACGAGACGGAGCGCCGCGCGCUGCCGGAGUUCUUCGGUGGGGCCGGCGGCGCCGGGUUCGGGACGGCGACGCGGAACCCGCGGAUCUACCGCGAGUACCGCGACUUCAUCAUCGCCAAGUACCGGGAGGACCCGGCGCGCCGGCUCACCUUCACCGAGGUCCGCAGGGCGCUCGUCGGGGACGUCACGCUCCUCCGGAAGGUCUUCGCCUUCCUCGACGCCUCCGGCCUCAUCAACUUCUCGGCCUCGGGCCCCGCGUCGCGGCAGCAGGAGGUGGGGGUCGUCGUGGAGGCGCCCGUGGGGCUGCAGGUCACGCCGCGGCCGCCGGCGUCCUACUUCGCCGAGGAGAAGCGGGGAGGGGCGGGCGGGGAGAAGGAGAACGGGUUCCGCUUGCCCCCGCUGACCUCGUACAGCGAUGUGUUUGGCGAAUGGGCGCCUGGGAAGGCCCCUAUAUGUGGGUUUUGCGGCGAGGAGUGCAAUGAUGAGAAGGUUGAGACGUUGAAGGAUGGUUUUAAAGUAUGUUCAAAGUGUUCCAAAAGCAAUAAUGAUAAUGAGGAAGAAGCAAAUAAAUGUCCUGGUGACAAAAAGGAGAACGUGGACAACCAUGCUUCUAGUCCAUGGACAGAUGCAGAGACAUUACUCCUUUUAGAAGGAGUCCUAAAACAUGGAGAUGACUGGGAUCUUAUCGCCCAGCAUGUCCGCACAAAGAAUAAAUCAGAAUGCAUAGCAAGGCUUAUUCAGUUACCUUUUGGUGAACAUAUGCUGGGCACAAUAAAUGGUAAAUCUGUUAGCCGGCUCCACAUGAACCAGGCAACUGAUGGAAAAAUGAAUCAGCACCUUAUAAAGGACUCUUCAAGCAAUUCAACUGAAAAGGUUGAUGGCAUGCAAAUUGAUGGAAAUGAAGAUAGUGCUGAUAAAACAGGAGAAGAACAUCCUACAAAACGCAGACGGUUAUUUUCUUCAAUGGAUGCUACCACUUCAUUAAUGGAGCAGUUAGCACUCCUGACCACAUCAACGAGCCCAGAUGUUGUUGCUGCAGCUGCUGAUGCUGCAAUUAAAGCUUUGGGCAAUGAAAAUCCCCAAGCAAGGAAAGCCUUUCUCCUUAGUGAGCGAGAAUUUAAGACUAAGGCAUUCGCUUCAAACCAUGUCCAACAGAUCAAUCACAAAGUUGGCAAUAAGGAUAUGGAAAUGCAUGGACAGACUGGUUCUGAUAAGAAGCUGGAAAAGAAGUUCAUUGCUAGUGCAUAUCAAGUGAGGGCAGCUGUUGCUACCGCUAUUGGUGUAGCUGCUGCCCGUGCUAAAAUGCUUGCAGACCAGGAGGAGCGAGAAAUGGAGCUCCUAAUGGCAUCAAUAAUCGAAACUCAGCUAAGGAAGAUGCAGUACAAGAUCAAACACUUUGAGGAGCUAGAGUCGGUCAUGGAGCAGGAGUACACCGCUAUGCAGCAAAUGCAGGGAUCCCUAAUGAAUGAAUGGCUAAAGGCCCUGGAGCAAGCAUUCCGGGCUGGAGUGUCACUGCCGAGAGAUGAAUUGCUCAUAAAGCUGUUCCUGAACAAGGCGACGGGGCACGAGCUGCCGGAGCGGGAGAAGGAGUCCUACGCGCGGUCCCGCGCCUGCCGUCUCGCGCUUAUCGACCACGCCGUCGCGCGCAAGAAGCCGCCGCUCAACGCCUUCAAGCCCCACCCCGAGCACAAGUCGAAGCUGGUAUGCAACAUUACAGGGGAUACAGUUAACAAGUCGGAGGAGCAUAUAUGGAAGCACAUCAACGGGAAGAGAUUUCUUAACAAGCUAGAAAAGCUAGAAGAACAGAUGGCUUCUGGUGAGAUGGCUAAUGGAGAAACUGCAAAGUCAAAUGAAAUGGAAAAGAAGAGCAAGUCAAGCAAGAAGGACAAAAAGGACAAGAAAGGCAAGAAGAAAACUAAUGUUGCCAGUCCUUCUGUGCCACGAGAACCUAAACCAGAGAUGGAUGAUUCGGAUGAUCCAGAUUUUUGGGUGCCUCCUGUCGGAAGUCGCUGGGAUGAUGAUGACGGGAAAGACAGAUGGGAGUCGUCACCAGGGAAGAAUGACUCAGCAAAGAAUGAAGGUGGUUCUGAUGAUGAUGACGGUGGUGAUAAUGACGAUGGCAACGAUGAUGAUAUGGCUGACAAGGAUGAUGCUGAAUCAAGGGAACUUGCUUCGAGCAGGACAAAGCGAAUGUCACUAGAAGCAGUUGGGCCAAGUAGCUUCGCUUCAAGGAAGAAAAAACCCAAGAAGGAGCAGUAACAGUUGAUUGAUUUAUAUCUAUUGGGUUUCUUGGGUUGGGUAAUCAAUGGCUGUUUUUGUGUGUUUUAAAGCAUUUUUGGUUCAACGCUUGUCGGAUUGAGAUAAUAUGUACGUAAGCUGCAGGAGAUCUUCUUUGGAAAACAUCCCGAAAGGUGCUUAUUUACUGGUAACAACUGACUUGGGUCCGAUGAACGGUUGCCCUCGCA